UCCGCCCCCUCUUGUCGGACGCUGCUGUUUGCUCGCCGUAAAAAAAAAUCAACUUUAUUGUUCCUCAGCCCCACCUCCCGGCGCGGCGCGGCCUCAGGAUGCACUGAGGCUGAGGGGAGGGAGGCGGCGGCGGGUCGCGGUCGCGGACCCUCUCCGAGCGCCCAGCCGGAGGUGGGGGAGUCACGAUGUCCGGGAGCCGCCAGGCCGGGUCGGGCUCCGCCGGGACCAGCCCCGGCUCUUCGGCGGCCUCCUCGGUGACUUCCGCCUCCUCGUCCUUGUCCUCUUCCCCGUCGCCCCCUUCCGCGGCGGCGGCGGCGGCGGCGGCGUCCGGCGGGGCGGCCCAGGCCGCGGGGUCGGGCGGCCUCGGGGGCCCGGCGCGGCCUGUGCUGGUGGCCGCCGCCGUGUCCGGCAGCGGCGGCGGGGCGGUGUCCGCGGGCCUGUCUCGGCUCAGCUGCGCGGCCAGGCCCAGCGCCGGCGUGGGAGGGAGCAGCUCCAGCCUCGGCAGCGGCAGCAGGAAGAGACCUCUGCUUGCCCCCUUGUGCAACGGGCUCAUCAACUCCUACGAGGACAAAAGCAACGACUUCGUGUGCCCUAUCUGCUUUGAUAUGAUUGAGGAAGCAUACAUGACGAAAUGUGGCCACAGCUUUUGCUACAAGUGUAUUCAUCAGAGUUUGGAGGAUAAUAAUAGAUGUCCCAAGUGUAACUAUGUUGUGGAUAAUAUUGACCAUCUGUAUCCUAAUUUCUUGGUGAAUGAGCUCAUUCUCAAACAGAAGCAAAGAUUUGAGGAAAAGAGGUUCAAAUUGGACCACUCAGUGAGUAGCACCAAUGGCCACAGAUGGCAAAUAUUUCAGGAUUUGUUGGGAACUGAUCAAGAUAACCUUGAUUUGGCCAAUGUCAACCUCAUGUUGGAAUUACUAGUGCAGAAGAAGAAACAACUGGAAGCAGAAUCACAUGCAGCCCAACUACAGAUCCUUAUGGAAUUCCUCAAGGUUGCAAGAAGAAAUAAGAGAGAGCAACUGGAACAGAUCCAGAAGGAGCUGAGUGUUUUGGAAGAGGAUAUUAAAAGAGUGGAAGAAAUGAGCGGCUUGUACUCUCCUGUCAGUGAGGAUAGCACAGUGCCUCAAUUUGAAGCUCCUUCUCCAUCACACAGUAGUAUUAUUGAUUCUACAGAAUACAGCCAACCUCCUGGUUUCAGUGGCAGUUCUCAGACAAAGAAACAGCCUUGGUAUAACAGCACAUUAGCAUCAAGAAGAAAACGACUCACUGCUCAUUUUGAAGAUUUAGAGCAAUGUUACUUUUCUACAAGGAUGUCUCGAAUUUCAGAUGAUAGUCGAACUGCAAGCCAGUUGGAUGAAUUUCAGGAAUGCUUGUCUAAGUUUACUCGAUAUAAUUCAGUACGACCUUUGGCUACAUUGUCAUAUGCUAGCGAUCUCUAUAAUGGUUCCAGCAUAGUCUCUAGUAUUGAAUUUGACCGGGAUUGUGACUAUUUUGCAAUUGCUGGGGUUACAAAGAAAAUUAAAGUCUAUGAAUAUGGCACGGUCAUUCAGGAUGCGGUGGAUAUUCAUUACCCUGAAAAUGAAAUGACCUGCAAUUCCAAAAUCAGCUGUAUCAGUUGGAGUAGUUACCAUAAGAAUCUGUUAGCCAGCAGUGAUUAUGAAGGCACUGUCAUCCUAUGGGAUGGAUUUACAGGACAGAGGUCAAAGGUCUAUCAGGAGCAUGAGAAAAGGUGUUGGAGUGUUGACUUUAAUUUGAUGGAUCCUAAACUCUUGGCGUCAGGUUCUGAUGAUGCAAAAGUGAAGCUAUGGUCUACCAACCUAGACAACUCAGUGGCAAGCAUUGAGGCGAAGGCUAACGUGUGCUGUGUUAAAUUCAGCCCCUCUUCUAGAUACCAUUUGGCUUUCGGCUGUGCAGAUCACUGUGUCCACUACUAUGAUCUUCGUAACACUAAACAGCCAAUCAUGGUAUUCAAAGGACACCGAAAAGCAGUCUCUUAUGCAAAGUUUGUGAGUGGUGAGGAAAUUGUCUCUGCCUCAACAGACAGCCAGCUAAAGCUGUGGAAUGUAGGGAAACCAUACUGUCUACGUUCCUUCAAGGGUCACAUCAAUGAAAAAAACUUUGUAGGCCUUGCUUCCAAUGGCGAUUAUAUAGCUUGUGGAAGCGAGAACAACUCUCUUUACUUGUACUAUAAAGGACUUUCUAAGACUUUGCUAACUUUUAAGUUUGAUACGGUCAAAAGUGUUCUGGAUAAAGACCGAAAAGAAGAUGAUACAAAUGAAUUUGUUAGUGCUGUGUGCUGGAGGGCAUUGCCAGAUGGGGAGUCCAAUGUGCUGAUUGCUGCUAACAGUCAGGGUACAAUUAAGGUGCUGGAGUUGGUAUGAAGGGUUUACUCAAGUUAAACUGUAUUUGAUCCUGCUGAAAUACAUCUGCAGCUGACAAUGAGAGAAGACAAACUGUCAUGUGAUGUCUCUCCCCAAAGUCAUCAUGGGUUUUGGAUUUGUUUUGAGUAUUUUUUCUUCUCCUUUUCUUUUCUCCUUCAUGACCUUUGGGACAUUGGGACUACCCAGUGAACUCUCCACCAUCAAUGUAACUCUAUGGACUUUGCUGCUGUUGGUGGUGUGAUUAUCUAAUUUUUGUGAUAGGGAAACAAAUUCUUUUGAAUAAAAAUAAAUAACAAAAAAUAAUAAAAGUUUAUUGAGCCACA